ACUGUCUGCAGUCAGUGUACGGUUUAACACACUGGGCUGAAACAGAUUGAGAUUAUGACCAGCUGAAGUUACAACUAGCAUCAAGAACAAGUUUAAUUCGAGUUCAUUGCUGCAACUACAGCAGAUUCUGUCUGGAUUUUUCCGACAGCAUGUCAAAUCCUAAAACAGCUGGAGCUGAUGCUGGAUCAGUGGUGUCGGACCCUCAGCACUCCCAAAAGCUGCUAAGGGCCCUUCAGUCUUUUAGGCAAGAUGAUUGUUUUCAAGAUGCAGUGCUUGUUUUGGAAGGUGAAGAGAUCCCUGUACAGAAGAACAUUCUUGCUGCUGCUAGUCCAUACAUAAGGACCAAAUUAAAUUACAGCCCACCAAAGGAGGAUGGAUCUGUAUACAAAAUUGAGUUACAAGGGAUCUCUGUGCCCACCAUGAGACAGAUCUUGGACUACAUUUUCAGUGGAGAGAUUACCCUGAGUGAAGACACCAUCCAGGAUGUGGUCCAGGCUGCUGAUCUUCUGCUCCUCACUGACCUCAAAUCUCUGUGCUGUCAGUUCCUGGAGAGCUGCAUUACCGCAGAGAACUGCAUUGGCAUCCGGGUCUUCUCCUUGCAUUACUGCCUACACCAUGUCUACCAUGUGGCCACAGAGUACCUGCAGACACAUUUUCGAGACGUGGCCAACACGGUGGAGUUCUUGGAGCAGCCGCCGGAUCGCCUGUGUGAGCUGCUGUCUAUGGAGAAGCUCAACGUGGGGAAUGAAAGGCACGUGCUGGAGGCCGUGGUCCGCUGGCUCGGCCAUGACAUUGAAGCUCGGCGAGUCCAAAUGAAGGAAGUGAUGUCUGCCGUGUGGAUUAAAGGUCUGGACAAGAGCUACCUCCAGGACCAGAUGCUGAGAGAUUCCCUGAUGAGGGAGGUGAUAGGGAAGUGCUGCAUGGAGUCUCUGGGAGGAGCAGAUCAGCAGGGGGAGGCACUGCUCGCUGCAUUUAAACCCCGCGGCUACUCAGAGUGUAUCGUAAUAGUGGGGGGUGAGGAAAGGAUCUCUCGGAAGCCCACAGCAGCAGCACGCUGCAUGUGUCCUCUUUAUGACCGCAGCAGGCAGCUGUGGAUCGAAUUGCAGUCUAUGAACGAGAAGCGCGUUGGACACGGGGUAGUGUCAGCAGAGGGAUACCUGUUUGCAAUAGGAGGAAUGGAUGAGAACAAAACUGUGUUGAGCAGUGGAGAGAAAUAUGACCCAGAAACCAAUACCUGGACACCAAUCCCAGCAAUGAUGCAGGCCCGACAACACUUUGGAAUUGCAGAGCUGGAUGGUCUGAUUUAUGUUCUGGGUGGGGAAAACAAGGACACUGAGGUUCUGCUUACGAUGGAGGUGUUUGACCCCCAUUGCAACGUCUGGAGAACCCAUCCAAAAAUGACCACAGUGCGCAAGUUUGGUUGUUGUGCCACCAUGAAAAAGAGGCUCUACGUGAUGGGUGGUGGAUCGUACGGGAAGGUGUAUGACUCUGUGGAGUUCUAUGACCCCAAAACUCAGCAGUGGACUACAGUCUGUCCUCUUAAGGAGCGGAGAUUUGGAGCGGUAGCAUGUGGCAUUGGACUAGAGCUCUACGUGUUUGGUGGUGUUAGGAACAGAGACACUGACAAUCCAGAGUCCAGCCAGAUGACCAUCGCCAAGUCUGAGUUCUUCCAUGAUGAAUUGAAAAGGUGGAUGUUCUUGGAUGACCAAAACCUCUGUAUACAAGCCACAUCAUCCUUUGUGUAUGGAGCUGUUCCCAUUGGUCCCAGUAUAUAUGUAGUAGGAGAACUUGACACAGGUACUAGUUUUGACUAUGUCCGAGAGUUCCGCAGAAGCACAGGGACCUGGCACCCUACCAGACCACUCAUGCCUUCUGAUCUGAGUAAAACGAGCUGUGCCGCCCUACGCAUCGCCAACUGUAAACUGUUCCGCCUGCAGCUUCAACAAGGCCAGUUCCGGAUCCGGGUUCAGUCCACAUAAACAGAAUUUACAUCCUCACCACUGAGUCCUACGUUAUGUCACUCCUCCGUCAUCUGCUGGUAUAGAGGAGGAUGCCAGGGGUUGUGGAAUUGAAGUGGCUACAGCUGAGGUUUGGUUUUAGUAAGAAAAAGGGUUGAAUGAACUGGGCUUUUUUUUAUGUUUGUUGUCUUUUGUAAGGGAAUGAAUUGGAUGUUCCCUUUCUAUUUUGAGUGAUUGUGACAAAGAGUGGGCUGGGGGGAAAUCGAUUCACGAUUUUUUUUUUUCAAAGUGUUCUGAAUCAGUCCACCAAAAGUCAUAAUCUGAAUUUUAAGUUACUUAUUAAUAAUUGUGUUCAUUGAAAAACAUAAACAGGAGAGACUGUUACAGAUAAAGAUAGGUGCCAUCCAAUGCGCUGUAUUGGGAAAAACAUGAAGCGAAGGGUGCAUCAGCAGCCACAAAAAGGUAUGCUUAUUCAUGCAAACAAACAAACUCAUGAGCCUUCAAAACAUGCUUCGUUUUACAACGUCUUGUAAAACAACCAGCUAAUUCUCUUUUUCAUAAUCUUUGAAUAUGUUUUUCACAGGAAUCAAUGUCACAAGACACAGUGAAUGGAGUGUUUUAAAGUUGAUCAUUCUCUUGCACAGCUAUUGAAAAAAAGAUGCACGUUGAUUAAGAACUAGAAAGUUUAAGAUUGCUCUUCUCUGAUGCGUUUUUUUUCAUUGACGCAGAGCCACCUAUGAUACUACUUUAUGAUACCGCUUAUUUUAUUUUUAUUUGUGGGUCAGAGCAGAUAUAUUUGAGUCUGGCUUUAAUGCAGAAUAUUUACACAGAAUCUGGCAACAAGCCACCUUCUCUCACACAAGGUUUGCACGCAUAUGCUGUUGCUGAAAAACUGAGAUUCAUCAAGGAUAAUUUUGGAAUCAGAUUAUGACUCCCUGAAUCAAAAUCGUAUCGAAUCAUGAGAUGCCUAAAAAUUCCCACCCUUAUUUUUGACUCCUAUUCACAGGAAACACUGGUAGAAUAGGGCCUGUUCUCAGUUUUCAGUUUUAAUGGUUUAUUUGAACAGUUUAAAAUAGGAUUUACCUGUCUGCUGCUUGUUAAACUAACACUUAAAAAUUAGUGAGGGAGGUUAAUGUUGCCUUUUAUAUACAGUUAUAGUUGAGUAUUAAAUGUGGGUGCAGUAAUAAGGGAACAAAUCAAACACUUAUCAGGGCUAGUGGUACAUAAUUUGUUGCUAAAGUUUCUGUCUACUGUACAAUCAGUGUAGAGAAGGAGUGUCAGAUUACUGAAAUGGUUUAAGAUGUCUUAAUAUUAGUACUGUUAGUGUUUUUUUUUUUUUUUCAUUUAUUAUAGCAAUUUCACUUUUUAAAUUUGCAUAAAUAUAUUUUAUUUCAAAAUGCAGUGCAUUAAUUUCUAAGGCAUUCAGUUAAUUGGUGGCCUUCUCAUUAACUGUAUUUUAAACUUGUUUUGCAAUAUGAAGGCUGGUAAUUACAUUUAAUUACAUUACAUUUGUUAGUGCCAUCUAUAUUUAAUUAGUAAAUACAGAUUGUUUUGUGUAUUGAAAACAGAAACCUAUGGUCCUGUUCUUAUGCAGUCCAUUUGUUAGAAAGCAAACAGAACAGAAUGAAGCAGUUUUAAUGUCAAAUAGCUUAAAUGCAUUGUGUUAUAUAAAUGCCAUAAAAAAAAAAACUUAAUUAAUCUUAAAAGUUAACAUGCUAACACUUGACAAUAAGGUUCCAUUCAUUAAUAUUAGUUAAUGGUAUCAUGAACAAUCAACAGUAUAUUAUUACAGAAUGUGUUAAUCUUUGUUCAUGUUAGUUAAUAAAAAUAAAAUUGUUCAUUGUUAGUUCAUGAUAGUUCAUAGUGCAUUAACUAAUGUUAACAUACAACUUUUGAUUAAAAAUAUGUAUUACUAUGUUGAAGUUAACAUUAAACAAGAUUAAUAAAUGCUGUAAAAGUAUUGUUCAUUGUUAGUUUAUGUUAACUAAUAUUAACAAAUGGGACCUUAUUGUGAAGUGUCAACGUUAACGUUACCUUAGGCAGUCAUAGUUAAAAAUUCAAAAAUAAAAAUUCUCCUUAUGAUGAAAGUGAACGGUGACUGAGUCUGUCAUUCUGCCUAACAUCUCCUUUUGUGUUCCAUGGAAGAAAGCCAUACAGGUUUAGAUCAACUUGAUGGUGAGUAAAUGAUGACAGAAUAUUCGUAGAUGUGUUUUUGAUUUGACACGUGUGUGAGAGUAUCACACCUGCCCCUAUUAAGAGUUUUAGAGUAUGUACACUAAGCUAAUGGCAGAUGUGUUGUAUUGUCAAAAUGGCAACCAAGGGUGGUGGAAGUUUGCAUAUUUUAUGUGCCUGGCUGGCUAUAUUAUAAUCUGCCCAUUUUAUCUGAUCAAAUUUAGCUGUUGGUUUCAUAUCCAGGGACUCUGAAAGCCACAACAUGUCAGAAAUAGAUGCAAGUCGCAGUUCUCACCCUUAUGUGGUGAGAUGUAUUUUGUGAAUGACCCCUGAACUGGCUUUCCUGUCAGUGUGGAUGUUUUUUGGCAUCUGGUGACCCCAUUUGUUCUGUGCAUGAUUUAGCUGCUGCUGUCUGUUCUAUUUGAAGGGACAAACAUUGCAUAUUCACCACCAUGGAAAUGCACACCAAUAGCAGAAAUAUAGAAUAGAACACACUGGGCACUCUCAUUUGUCAAAAAUGAUUCCAAAGCAAGGAUUUCCUGAAGAAGAGGAAUGUAGACACACAAAAUACUAGGGCCAACUAUUAUUUUUGGCGUCCACACCAAGUGCACUGGUCACUAGAUAGAAGGUAUGCAUUGUGCAACAACGUUUAAGUGGAACAGUGUUUUCUGUAUCAUAACAAAAAAUGCAGUUGUUAUUGACAUCUAAUUUCAAGUUGAUCCAAAGUACUGUCCGAUUGCAGAAUACAAGAACUAUGUGUUCAUGGCCAAGACUCCAUACACAAUACUUGCUCAAGGAAAUGAUCAAGACAGUCACUUUAUUAUAAACAUUGUCAUGACUCAAUUUGCACAAAACACUAAAACAUUUCAUGUCUGCCAGAACAGUGUGAUUUAAUCAAAUGUAACAAAUGCAAAGUGGUAUUCUGGUGUUUUACUCUGUACUUAUUUAAUGUUUAUGGAUGUUUUGGCGAGCAAGUAUGGCUAUUAAAUUGGCCUCUAAUGUAGAAAUAUCUGUCUGCCUCUCAAUAAAAUAUGAUGCAGAAGUUCUUGUUGUUUCUUUUCCAUGUUUAUAAAAAAAAUUGCAUGAAGCCUUUAGAUGUGAAUCAAGAAAUAAAACAAAGAAUUAAGACUGUUUACACAAUCUAAACAUUUGUAUUCUAACUUGUUCACCCAAAAAUGACAUUUCUGUCAUCAUUUACUCACCCUCAUGCCAUCUCAGAUGUGUAUGACUUUCUUUAUUCUACAGAGCACAAAUGAAGAUUUUUAGAAGAAUAUCUCAGCUCUGUAGGUCCAUACAAUGCAGUUGAAUGGUGAGCAAAAUUUUGAAGCUCCAUUGGUUUAAUUUGUCUUUUGAAGCAAUCCAGUCAGUUUUGGAUCGCUAUAUAUAGUAAUGAUAAGAUUACUAUAAUCUUGACAUCAGCAGUCACCUUUGCGAUCAUAAUUUCAAGCUUGAUUACUCUUACUAGCACCAUCUAGGGCUCUGCGCAUGCACUGGGAAAUGUAAUUGAGCUUGAAAUCAUGAUUGUGCCUAGAGACUGCAGUGGCAAGAUGUACAGUGAAAAAGGCUUCAGAAGACGUGGAUUAAACCACUGGAGUAUUAUGGAUUACUUUUAUGCUGCCUUUAUGUGCUUUUUGGAACUUCAAAAUUUUGGUCACCAUUCACUUGCAUUGUAUGGACUUACAGAGCUAAAAUAUUCUUCUAAAAAUCUUUGUGUUCAGCAGAAGAAAGUCAUACACAUCUGGUAUGGCAUGAGGGUGAGUACAUUUUGAGAGAAUUCUAAUUUUGGGGGGAACUUUUCCUUUAAAGAAUUGCAGUUAUAAACUGGUAAAUGUCUCAACAUUUCAAGAACACGUCUGGGUCAAAUUUCACCCCAAAAUCAAAACAAAUAUAUACUGUAUAUAUUAUAUUAUAUCAUUUUGUCAUUAAAAUAAAGACAAAUAUUGACCCCGCCCAAAAUAAAAACAUUUAAAUUAAUUAUUUAUUUAAACUUCUGUCUCUCUCUCUGUCAUUGUAUUACAGUAAUGGCAAUGAGAACUUUUGGGUGAAAUGUGCUUAAUUUUCAUGAAAAUAAAACUGCAAAAAUAAUAAUGGCUCUAAAAUAGACUGGAUUUUCUUAAUGCAAAAUAUUGUGCAUUUAUUUUUUCCUUUGAUUUUGGGGUGAAAAUAGACUCUUUUUUUUUUUUUCAUGCCAUUCACUAAUACAAUGAUAAAUGGCAUAAAUGCAAAUAUUUUGCAUUCAUACUAGCUUUGAGAAUGCCAGUUUACCUUGAUCAGACCCUUUUAAAUUUUUCCCCUUUUGAACUUUUUAUUUGUAAAUAUUAUAGAUUCCCCUCCGUUAUUACAAGUAAAUGUUAGCAAGAGCAAAAAUCCUUCCUUCAGGCAGAAUGACAAUGUAGUGAGUACAGUAUUCACUGAGUACACAAGCGGCAAGCCAACCUCUCGUAAAACUGAAACUCGUGAGGAAUUUAGUAAUUUGUGGAUUGUUGCAUAACUCUGGUAUGUUACCAAAGGUUGGAUUUUUUUUUUUUUUUUUUUUUUUUGUGGUGUAAAUGAUGAUGUGUUUGAUGUGUACGAACAUGUUGUGUCAUGUGUGUUUGUAUGAAUAAACAGUGCGGGACAGGCGCAUUAUUAACAGGAUUACUGAAGAUAAACAGGAUGGAGUAAAUUCUCUCAAACUGGGCCGCUCACAUGAUGGCACGUAAUUUAACCAGAGGUCUUAUGACACUGAUGGGUAGCUAGUGUUGUUUGGACAGACACUGGGUUUCUCCUGGUUCAGACUAGGUGUGUGGGGUCUAAACAUGUCCUUUUUGACCCACGGCCCUGUCCACAAAAAAAUCCUGAAUAUAAAAUAAAAUAGGGUUGACCAGAAACGUAUGUUGAUGUCCAUCUGUUAAAAGCAAUCCUAUCAGGAUCUCUGAAAAUCCUGCAAGUAUACAUGGACUGAAAUGUUUUUUUCAUUCAGUGCAAUGUUUUAAAUUAAAGAUUUGAUUAUAAGAUUGUAGCUGAAGUUGUAAAGCAUAGUGCCAGCAAUGCCAAGGUCAAGAAUUCAAUUCCCAGGGAAAGUCGCUUUGAAAAUGUGGAAAUACUGCAUGUUUGGAUGCAGUGCGGUUCAAAAAUCCACGUUGAAAAUUUGGGAUUCAAAAUCUAUUUGAAACCUGGACAUAAAGUUUUACAAUUUAAAAUGUUUAAAACAAACAAAUGACUGAAAAUGAAUAAGAAAUAAAUAAGAUCGGUCACACAUUUCCAUCAGCAAAUUUGUGACAUUGACCAUGUUCACUCCUUUAUACUGUACAAAAGGUCAGAUUUACUUUCUUUUAUUGAAGCACACAAGAUAUUCUGUGGAACAUUCUCAAAUCAUGCUGGGAAACAUGAAUCAACAGGUUUUGCAUAAUCUUGUGGAAUCCAUGCCAGCUCAAGUGCAUGUCGUCAUUAUAGCAAAAGGGAGACAUAUGAAAUACUAAUAAAAUCUGAGUUUCGUGUUCAUUUUAUGAUGCUAUAAUACUAUGUAAAAAAAAUAAAAUAAUUUUAAAUCUUGUCAAAUUAAAAAAAUGCUACAUUUUCCAACAUCAAACUCUUCCAAAUGAAAACCUUUGGAUCUCACUGUAAAUGUGGAAUAUCUGCCAAAUGUAUAAAUGAAAAAGCAGAUUUUCUAACGUAAACCAUCUCUGUGCAAGUCAUUGUCAUAAAAAGCAUCAUGACCGUUCUUGCCCAUAAGAAUGAAUAUAACUUCUAACUUACAAUUGACAGCAUUUUUAUAGACUGCCCAAGAUGUAUGGGAGAAAAGAAAAUGAUUUGCAUACUGGAGGGUUUUCCUGUAAAGACUUCAUCAUCAGAGAACCAACCAACCACAGACAGCUGUUUCACUUUCGGUCACAACAUGUGACUCUAUAUUUACAGUUUGUGAAUGGGUAUUGCAUAUUUGGUCAAACACAUGAUAAAGAGCUUUUUUUUAUUAUUAUUAUUGGUCAGAGCAAUGCAACAGUGACCGUUUACAAAAAGACCACAGCAAGAAGUACGUCUUGUUUCAUUUAGUCUGCAUGAAUUUCAUUGCAUUAAAUAACAAAAUAUCAAACCAUGUUGUAUCUGCACACAAAUGAUGAAAGACCUUUUCUCAGAACUCACUUCGCUUUUAUGAGCAGUUUUUUUGCUAAUAAUUUAACUAUCUAUUCCCAAGGUGACUUUUGCAUAGAUGCAUAAACUCAGUUCCUCUCAAGUUCACACAGGUGCCCUAGCAGAGUAACCACAGGUGUAGUUCACAUUGUAAAAGUGUCCAAAUACAUAAAAAAUGAAGUCAUUACCCUUAAUUUCAUUUGAGAAUUUAUUUUAAAAGCAAUUUAAUUUCUUUCAUUCAAAUUAAGUCAGUUUCAUUCAGCCUACAUUAUUUAGUUGAAUUAGGUCAAAUCAAUGUACUAUAGUAGUUUAACUCAACUUUAUUAGGUUCAUCAGACUAAAUUUACUCAUGUUUAAUUUAAUUUUCUUAUGUUGGUCCAACUAAAUUUAUUAAUUAUUAGUACAGUAUAUGCCAGGUGAAAAAGUAUACUGUCAAUUUGAUAGCAGAGAGCUAAGCAGCACUCAAAUCAAACAUCAUUUGAAAGUGAAAGUCUGUCCUCAAACUAAGCACAUGCGCCAUACUUCACCACAAUGGUAACCCUCAAAACUCCAGCCUAACAGACACUCUUUUUAAAUACCAAUAGAACAGAACAUUAAACAUUAAUUUAUCUGCUCCGAUUCUCAUCUUACUCAAAAAUGCAUAAAAUAACACUUAAUUUCAACUUUCGUCCACCCCAUCCAGUCCCAUGCUGGGAAAUGGAAAUCCCCUGUCCAGUUUCAUCAAUGCUACAAAAAGUAUUCAUUUAGUCCACACUCAAAUGGAUUAAAUUUGACAUUUGAAUGUGGAUUGCAUUAGUUCAUUUUAAUUAAGUAAACUGACCAACCUGCAUAAAUCCUUUUUAUAGUGUAAUUUUGAACAAUAUAUCUAGUGUUUUAUCAUUUGAAAC